UGAAAUUAAGUUGCUAUUGUGAUGUUACUUGGAAUAAAGUCAUCCUUACGUAGCCGACAUAGUCUUGAAAAAUAAAGACCUCUUUUCCAUAAGAUGCAUACAUCUUAUUUGCAUUUUGAUCGUUUUCAUCGCUUCGGCACGUCGAUAUUUCACAAAGGAUUCGUGCCGUGUCUAUGUCUUUAAUUACUAAGUAGCAUUCACCAAGAGGAGAGUGUUGUCGGCUGCAUUGCGACUUACUGCGAUGACUUUAUGGUAGACUAAUAAUUAUUACUCAUGAGACUGUUUUGAAAUAUUCCUGCGUGUACUUUGAACUUAUUUCCUUUCUUUUUUAAGAAUUAAAGUGAGCGUGAAGUCAAAUUUAGCAGAUUUAGAGAUUUAAUGAAGACGCCACUCUUAUCACUGGACUUAUCAUGGAUGACGAAGGAAUAUGUCUUACAGCCCACAAAUCGUUAAUGUACGUGUGAAAAAUCAUGAUUGGUUGAUCACAAAUGAAGAAAUCGCUUCCUUAUCUCGCGAUGAACAAUACAUGUCACGAUUUCUCUGCAGUAAUUGCAGCAGCGUAUUCAAUUUGGAACACAAUCUUCAUUAUUAUUUGGGAAUAGAACGUGAUCAGCCACCUAAGUACAAUUGUCCUUAUUUCUACAAAACGAAGCAUCCUCGAACGUGUGCACUCAUUGUAUACUACAUCGUAUACAUUCAGGCAACAUCCAGCUUUAUCUGGUGGACAUAUUUACAUGGUGGACAAGACUACAAUCUCGCAAUAUUCUUGAAUCUUCCUCGACUACAAUUCUACUUACUCGAUAUACGUGAUUCUGUGUCUACGGACAAUUCUAAUGUUGCUUGUACAAAGUAUAUCUUACAAUCCGAAAAUUCCGAAAAUAUUCUGUAAUAUUAUAUAUAUAUCUCCUUUACAUUGCACAAUUAUUUAUUUUUCACAGAAUGUUAUAUAUUUUCUCUGUUAUUUCCUCUGUU